UGCUGCUUGGAGGACAUGCAGAUCUUAAAACGACCUUGAUUAGUGAAGGCAGGUGACAUGGAUUUGACAGAUUACCCACGGUUUCAGAGCUUUUCCUGCCCCCAGAACCUUCCCUGCCCUCAAGAACUUUCCAUGCCCUCCAGAGAUUGCCAGGGCCUCUUUGCUGUGCAUUCCCCGUGCUUGUCGUAAAACAGAAUUUUUAAGUUAAUUCGCUUAAUAACUGGAGAAUUUUCCGUGCCUCAUACAUGUUGUUGGUUUGGGGAGUCCUUAUGUGGAGAGGGCUUCCCGCACGAGAAGACCUUCCUGUGCUGCCUGUUCGCGGAUGGCCUGUGCAGACCCUCCGAGACCUGCGUGCACGAUGGAGUGUUUGGACGGUGUCAGGAGUUUCCGGCGAUAGACAUGCACCGCUAUGAAGUGUCGCCAGGGGUCCUGCAGCACCUGACAGCCACCCUGCAGAGGCUGUCCCGCACAGGUCUCUCGUGGCGGGAUGACUACACGCAGCACGUGAUGGCGCGGGAGCUCGCCAGCCUCCCCCAGGCCUACCCGCGGCGCCCCGAGGCUCCCAGCCCCGCCAGGAGCUCAAAGCAGAGCAUCCAGGACGAGAGGGGCCUCAGCCUGGAAGGCGACGUGCUGGCCGAGGCCCUUCAGCGCUACCUGCCCUACCUGGAGGCCCUGUCCCAGGCUGCCGCCCCCAACACGCUGCCCGGGCUGAAGCUGGACAGGCCGCCCACCCAGGGCGAGGACCCCCUGGCCGACAGCGUGCUGACCUUCAUGGCCCAGACGUCCGCCCUGACCUACGCGCCCGCGGCCCGGGCCGCUUUCCCCGAGGGCCGCCCGCCGCGCGCGCCGGGCCGGCUCCAGCCCGACGAGCUCAGCCCCAAGGCGGCCGGCGGCGCGGACCGGCGGAGUCUGGUCGCCGCGCUCGGCGCCUACGCGGCCCGGAGGCCCCCCGCGCCCCCCGCGGACGACGACCCCGCGGCCCGCGACCUUGUGCGCGCGGCCUGGAGCGCACCCAGGGUCCUCGCGGCGCCGGCGGCCCCCCAGAGAUGGCCCUCGCCUCCGGACCCCAGGGACGCCCCGGGCGCGGACGGAGAAGCACGUGUGCAGACUCUACUGGAGGACCUGCGGAAGCACCCGGGUGGCGUGGAGGGCCUGCGCGGCCUGGACGUGGACGAGGUGGCCCGCGUGAUUGCCGGCGCCAUGCCCAGUGGGGGCCCGGCUGGGGCGCAAGGCAGUGCCAGGAGAGGCGGCGGCGGACCCGGAGGGCAGGCGGAGCACUCCGGAGCCGCGCUGCACGGAGAUGGCGCGCCAGAUAACAGAGCGCGAGACGGCGGUGGAGGAUCUUACCAGGAGGUCAACCGUCUGGGCGUCAGACUCGGGGACCUCCUCCAGGGUCCCGGGUCCCCAUUCCUGCCUGGAGCCCCCCGUCUUGCGGAGCCUUUCAAGACGGAGAUCAAGAAAUCGGAGGACCCCGAGGCCUCCCUGUCUUCAGAGGAGGAGCGCGCGGGGGUGGAGAACGUGAAGAGUCUGACCUACGCCAAGGAGCUGCUGCGGAGGCCGCCGCAGCAGGAGCCCAGGCUGGGCGGGCUCCGGGUGUCGCAGGAGGACCAGCGCCUCGGGGCCGGGGCGCAGGGACCCCCCGGCCAAGGCCUGCGGCUGGAAGUCCGGCCUCCCGAGGAGGAGUACGGCUACAUCGUGACGGAAAACGACCCCCUGAGCCCAGAGAAGGGGACGGAGGUGCUGGAGGACGUGGCGCGUCUCCUGGAGGUGCCGGCGAGCGUCUUCGCGGACAUCGCGGUCACGGGGCCAGCGGUGACCUUCAGGGUGCGCACCAACGUCCAGAACGUGACGGCGGCAGAUGCUGUGAAGGCCGCAGUGGACAACAAGGACAAACUGGAAAAAAUGUCUGGACUGAGAGUUCUUCAGACCGGAGUCAGCUCGAAAAGCAAACUCAAGCUUCUGCCUCACCGGGCAGAACAAGAGGACUCGACCAAGUUCAUCGUGCUCACUCUGGUCUCCAUCGUGGCCAUCGUGGGGGUCCUGCUGGCCUCUGGCGUCAUCUACUGCCUGCGACACAACUCUCACUACAGGCUGAAGGAGAAACUCUCGGGACUGGGGGCUGACCCGGGCCCAGAUGCCACCAACGCCUACCAGGAGCUGUGCCGCCAGCGCAUGGCCGCGCGCCCGCCCGAGCGCCCCGAGGCCGCGCACACGUCCCGCGUCAGCAGCGUGUCCUCCCAGUUCAGCGACGGGCCGAUGCCCAGCCCCUCGGCGCGGAGCAGCACGUCGUCCUGGUCGGAGGAGCCCGUGCAGCCCAACAUGGACAUCUCCACGGGCCACAUGGUCCUGGCCUACAUGGAGGACCACCUGAAGAACAAGAACCGCCUGGAGAAGGAGUGGGAGGCGCUCUGUGCCUACCAGGCCGAGCCCAACAGCUCGCUCGUGGCCCAGAGGGAGGAGAACGUGCCCAAGAACCGCUGCCCGGCGGUGCUGACCUACGACCACUCCCGGAUCCGGCUGAAAUCGGAGAACAGCCACAGCAGCUCUGACUACAUCAACGCCAGCCCCAUCAUGGACCACGACCCCAGGAAGCCCGCGUACAUCGCCACCCAAGGACCCCUGCCCGCGACUGUGGCCGACUUCUGGCAGAUGGUGUGGGAGAGUGGCUGCGUGGUCAUCGUCAUGCUCACCCCCCUCUCGGAGAGCGGCGUCCGGCAGUGCUACCACUACUGGCCCGACGAGGGCUCCAGCCUCUACCACGUCUACGAGGUGCAUCUGGUCUCCGAGCACAUCUGGUGCGAGGAUUUCCUCGUGAGGAGCUUUUAUCUGAAGAACCUUCAAAGCAACGAGACGCGCACGGUGACGCAGUUCCACUUCCUGAGCUGGUAUGACCAGGGCGUGCCUUCCUCCGCCAGGUCCCUGCUGGACUUCCGCAGAAAAGUAAACAAGUGCUACAGGGGCCGUUCUUGUCCAAUAAUUGUCCACUGCAGUGACGGCGCGGGGAGGAGUGGCACCUACGUCCUGAUCGACAUGGUUCUCAAUAAGAUGGCCAAAGGCGCUAAAGAGAUCGACAUCGCCGCAACGCUGGAGCACCUGCGGGACCAGAGGCCGGGCAUGGUCCAGACCAAGGAGCAGUUCGAGUUUGCGCUGACAGCCGUGGCCGAGGAGGUGAACGCCAUCCUCAAAGCCUUCCCCCAGUGAGCGCGUUUCCCGAGGCCCCCGGGACCCCGGGACGGCCGUCCACCACCGCGGGACGACUUAACCGUGUCUCCUAGUGCACCUGUCUCGAGAUGGGUCCUUAAGCCUUGUAGUCAGCGCAGUUUAGCAGUUCAAAUGUGUAUCUUUGUUCAACCAAAUAAUCCUAAGGAGAGGUCUGAGGGAAGAUGCGGUCAUCGGGGGUAAUAGGUUCACCUAUUUUCACGUUCUUGAAAAAAAAUGUAUUUUUCUUUAAAGCGCACAUCCACACUCUUAAUUGCCCAUCACGUCGAACUGAUGGUGCCGUCGGCGUGGUCCCAGAAGAGAGCUGGCCUGUGGUCCACCACCUCCUGGAGGAGGAUCCGCGGUGCAGGGCGGGCCCCAGGGAGGCUGGCGGGGCCCCGGAUGGAGGCCACGGGCUGGGGAAGCGUGGUCGGCGUCUGUCUUUAUGACAGCGUGUCACCAGGAGAAACCACCAGCUUCCUCAGGAGUUAGGUGGACAGAGCGGUGACGCUCUGAGCUGGGGGACAGAUGAUAAGAAAGUCGUCCCAGUUCUUCAUUCAGACGGGCUGCUGGACACCCACCCCAGCACGGUCGGCAGCCGCUCCCGACGUCCACCCCCGAGGACGGCCAGGGCCGCUGGGGGGAAACACGUUCCCACCCAGAGUGCCCCCUUCCAGGCCAGCCACCCUGGCGGCGCCUCGCCUUGGCGAGGUGGUGCGGGAGCCCCAACCUCCAGACACGGUGUUGAGCUGUGAGCAGGGAUGUACACAGAGGCAGCGAAACGUUUCCCUGCAGGCGCACCGAAAUCGGGGGUGCAGGGGGCCCGCGCCAGGCGCUCCGCGAGCUCCCAGCAGCCCUCUGUGGCCCCCGCUCCAGGACGGCUCAGGCCCUGCCGCCUCCAGAGAAGACCGGGAGUGCGUUCACCUCGGGAGACACGCAGGGAGACCCACGUUUGUUUGCUCUUGACCUGCAUGGGGUCGUAGCACCUGGGGAACACGGGUGACCCGGGCUCCCCCAGGGCUCGGACCCCUCAUCGCGCAGGCUGCCUCCUCGUCUGACGUCACAGAGACGCGCGUCCCGCGGCGCGUUGGAUUUGCCAGAAUAGCAGUUGAGCAGCAAAUGUGCCCCGAAGCAGAAGAGUGCACUUCCUUCAACUGGGCACGACUGAGCCCCUAGGAAGGUGUGCAGGCCGCUCUGUGUGGCGCGGGUCUCCUGUCCCGCAACCUUGCACACUGCUCUCUCCGUCUUAAGUAGACCUAACACCCCAAGAACAGCAGAAUAGGGAAAGUGGCCAGCGGAGUGGGGAGAAGGAUGCCAAGAUGGUGUUUGUGUCGUCAAAUGGUGUUGUCAUGUGUAUCUGCUUUAAUAGAGCUAUGAGUUCUUUCCCAAAGCUGUUCCUCUCUAUCUGGAAUCUAAAUAAUUAAUAGAAACUAGUUUAUCUGAACAUAGGAAGCAUAUACCUACUUGUAAUUUCUAACUUCUUAUGUUUCU